AGUAAGAAGAAGAUGUUAAUUCUAACCACAAUUUCAGACAGCUAUAAACCUAUAAACAGAAAUCGACUGGAGUAUCCUUUUCGCCUUUUUUAGAAAAAUAGUGCUUUCAGUUUGCUAGAAAUUAUUCUAAAGUUUUGUUAAAAAGUACUUUAAUAUAAUGGUAACAGAUGAAAGUGCUUCAGCCUCGUGCCAACAUCCGGAAGAAAAGAAAGUUCACAAGCCAUCAAAACGAGGCAUCCUUUAUUUAUCGACUAUUCCGCCUUAUAUGAAUGUUACCAAAAUUAGGGAAGUAUUCAGUGAAUUUGGGAAACUCGGACGAGUAUAUUUACAAUUGAGUGACAAAGAGACUAAGUUGCAAGAUGCAAAGAAGAAAAAGCGUAAACCUGCAAAAAAAUUUACUGAAGGUUGGGUAGAAUUUGAAAAGAAAUGUGUGGCAAAAAGAGUGGCAGCAUUAUUAAAUAAUACACAAGUUAGUACCAGAAAAAAAUCAAAACAGUACGAUUAUCUGUGGAAUAUAAAAUACCUUUCAAAUUUCAAAUGGACACACUUACAUGAAAGACUGGCAUACGAAAAGGCCGCAAGAAGUAAGAAACUGAGGGCAGAAAUUCAGUUAGCAAAGAAGAAGUCAAAUUUCUUUACUUCAAAUUUGGGCAAAGGAAAGAAAAAUAAAGAUAUGGUUAAUAAGGAAUUUGAAAAUAUUAAUGAUAUUGGUACUGAAGAAGUAGCAAGUGAUGAAGAUAAAAAAGAGACUCGUAAUGAAUUUCUACAAUCACUAUUUUCAUAACCAGAGUUCAAUUUUUUGUUAUUAUAGUUAAUAAUAUUAAAUAUUAAUAUAUCUCUAAUAUUUGUUGAGCAC